AUGCCAGUUAAAUUACCAGAUUUCGUGAGAGUAAUUAUCCAAAAUGAAAAAGGAAAAUUACUGGAGGCUGCUAAAAGAGAAGUUUUUGAAGAAACUAAUUUAGCAGUUGAAGAUUUGGAAAUAGUUGCUGAACAGGCUUUUGGUGCAAAAAAAAAUCAGCACUGCAUGGGUUAUUUAGUUAAGGUUAACAAAUAUUCAGGGGAGAUAGAAAUCAAAGAACCAGAGAAGAUUACUAAUAUUCAAUUCAAGAGAAUAGAUUAUGAAUUUGCGAUCAAUAGGCUUUUUUUUGCCCUCGCUCUUGAACUUGAUAUAGAUGGAACAAGUACUGAAGCAGAUUUUUCAACUUUAAACAAAAAUUUAAAAAAAGUUCUGGAAAAAUUAAAAGAACAGGGUCAUAAAAUUUGCUUCACCACCGGUCGAAAUUACUUGUCUGCAUUGCCUUUCUAUGAUAAAGUGGGUUUGGAUACCUUUUUAGUUACUUAUAAUGGAGCUUAUAUUAAUAAUCCCUCCGACAAGGACAAUAAAGAAAUAGUGGCUUUCCAUACUAUUAGGAAUAACGUAGUAAGGGAUAUUUUGAAUGAGCCUGUAAUUAAACAAAAUAUUAAGAAUGUUCUAAUAGAUCAUGUUAAUGGUUUAAAAGAAGAUGGCAAAAUCGACUUGAAAACGAUUAGCACCAGCGAUGAUAUUUAUUAUCAAGAAAUAUUUUUCAAUGGCAAUCCUUACACCAAAGGAGAAAAUAUUUUACAACUUCUAGGAAAGAAAGAUGUUUUACAAUUAGUUUUAGAAUUUCCGAAAGAUGAAAAAACUUUUAAUGAAAUAUUAGUAGCUUUGCAACAAAAAUACAACAAUGCCAUUACUUAUUAUUUCGGGAGUAAGUUAAAAGCCAAAAAUCCUGGAGACAAGAUCCUAGUUCCAGACCCAGAAAGAAAAAUAAUAAAAAUUCGGAAUGAAUUAGCCAGCAAAGGAAUGGGAGCAGAAUGA